UAUAAAAAAUUGAUAACAAUUUUAAUAAAAGCUGGUAGCUGCAUUAGAAUAAUCAUUACUAAAGGAACUAUCAGAGUAGAAAGCAGUAAAAUGGCAUUCAAGGUAGCUUUACUCUGCGUGGUCGCGUGUUUAGUUCAACAGUCCUUGGCUAGCUGUUACCUGCCUAGACCAUCUAGCUGCAACGCCGGAAAAGUGAUCGUCAAAGAAAUCGAUGAAAUAAGUUAUAAACAGAUUCCUAUUCGACCGAAGAGCACUGGUAAAGUGAUCGUCAAAGAAAUCGAAGAAAUUGAAAAGAUAAGGUACAAUCCGAUCGCUGUUCGACCGACAAGCAUUUCGAGCAACUGCGUAUCCAUCGAUAUACCCAAUUAUGGAGGCUCGCUGGCUGUUUCCAGUGUUGGACCGAUCUCGCCCUCCGGCAUUGCCGUCGCCACCGAUCUGGGCCUGGCGGGAGACGUGGUGCUCUCCGGCGAGCUGCCGUACUUGAGCGCGGUGGCGUUCGAGGGCCAGUUCGCCACCUCCGGCGCCGUGCCGGUGGCGUACGGCUGUGGAGACUACGUCGGCAUCACGGAACAAAUCGGAGGCAUUGCUGGCUCCGGUUCUUACAUUGGAGGGAAUAUCGGUGCUAGCCCUUAUGGCUCUUCUUACCUUGGUUGUGGAUGUAAAUACUAAAAGUUGAGCGAUUUGGUGGAGGUAUUGGUUGAAAUAAAUUGAUACGGAAUAUAUUGGAA